AUGAGAGGCGCCGGGAAGGUGGGCAGGGCAGCGCAGGUAGAGGCUUUUAAAAGGAGAGGGACUCGUUCUUCCAGAGAGCGCGGGUCUUCUUAAGUUUUUGCAGGUGGGUUCUGCCGGGAGCUCGGCAUUGCGACCGAGCUGCUUCUUGGAAAAGAGCGUCAAAGAGCAGCUGAGGCAGGCUCAACGUUUGGCUGCAAUGUUUCCACUCUGAAAAAGCCUCAACGAGCUGAUGUCCGUAUGACUGAGCGGGGGCCUGCAGGUGAAGACAACAGCAAAAAAUAAAGAGCUAAAAUCUGGGCGAGUUUUUGAGGUGACCACCUCUGACGGAUGCGCCGAUAAGCGACGCAAAUCACAGCUGCGGCGAGAACGAAGGAGAGAACCAAAAAAGUGGCUGCUACACCAGAGUCAGCGGAGGGCUGCGAGCAGAAAGCUCAGCGCAAGAUGACCCGCAGCCCCAAAUGCGCCCGCUGUCGAAACCACGGCGUCGUGUCGUGCUUGAAAGGCCACAAGCGCUUCUGCCGCUGGAGGGACUGCAGAUGCGCCUGCUGCCUGCUGGUGGUGGAGCGCCAGCGCGUCAUGGCAGCGCAGGUUGCGCUGAGAAGGCAGCAGGCUGCCGAGGUGAGAAGAGGGCAUGGACAGGGUAAAAAGGGGGUCAAGUGCUCAACUCCAUUGAGGAGAACAGCAUAUCAGUGUUUUACCAAAGCAGCUGACUUAAGCAUUGUGGCUAAGAGCCACCCACAGGGGCUAAAACAUGUGAUGACCCCAGAGGACGGUGUGUCCAGUUGGUCUAAGCAGCGCCACCAAAGCCACUUCCCUUGCCCCUCCAUCAGCGCCCGCAUGAGGAAGAGGCGAGCCUUUGCAGACAAAGAGCUGGAAAACGUGAUGCUGGAGCGCGAGUUAAGACAGAAAGAGCAGCAGAGCGAAGUUUCCUUCUCUCCCUCCGCUCUCAUGCCCAUAAUUCAUCCUCUACCUCUCCCCGUCUCCCCAUGCCUCCGCUGCUGCUCCACCAACAAGGACUCUUCCUCUGCAGGGACUGCCAGCUGUGUGCCUGUAUAUAAAUAUAAGCAGCUCUGUGACUGUGGCCUCCAGUUUUAUGAUUUCUUCCACCUAAAGAGUAGGUGCUCCACAGGAGACCACUAUGAUGACGUUUUAUCAACCCAGAUCUCAGCGCAGCACAGGGAGGAUAAAGAGGCGCAGAAUGGUUGGAGAGACUGUGGGAAGAGAAGUGAGCCAGAGCCAACACCUCCAGCAUCACAGCAACGACUCAAAACCGAUAACAGCGUACCGUACGUCUGCUUUGUCAAACCGAUGUUAAAACAAACAGAAACAAUCAGCUUAGAUCAUUUUUCAACAUCCAGACUCUCAACGUUUGGAUCAGAAUUGGGUGUCCCGGCUCACAGCAGGACUUUUGAUUCCAGACAUUUAGCAGGAAGAGGCUGGAACACAGAGCCUCCUUCCACCGAAGCAAAUCCUUGUAUGGACUUUGUGGAGGGUUCUCACCAUAGCUCAGUGAGCACUCCAACCGCAAAGCCGUUGCCUUUUUCUGUGGAGGCUCUGCUGAGAGCCUGACAGGCAAGUGGAAAGCCAGUCUAAGUGCACUUUGCAAUAUGAGAACUUGAAUUUAAAGCACAAAUAUAAUAACGCCAAUCUAUGCAACACGUAUGCAUUAUUUAAAUGUUGUAAGACAUAUUUAGGCAAUUCUGUAUAUAUUGUUGAAUAGUACUUAUUAAAGAUAAAUAUUUUUGGUUACCAUAAUUUUAUGUAAAAGUCUGCUUUGGCUAUAUUUUUAAACAGCAAUAUUUUCAUCCUCCAAUGCAGUGCAAUAAAAAUAUAACAAAUCCAGUUGUUUUACUUAUAUCUGCUCAUGCUGCAUCAAUACAAAAGAAACCUUAUGAAACUUAAAGCAUCAGAACUUUGAAUUGUGCUGUUCAUUUACGAUGUGGCUUGUGAAUCAGAAUUCAAUUGUGGAUUUUAAAUGUUCUUUGAAAAGCUCUCUAAAAUUAUGAAAAGAGCCUAAAAUAGCUCACAAAGCAGGUGGAUUAUAAAGUAAUGACAAGGUUUUUACAACUUUAUUUAAAGAGCAUGAAUAUUUUACCAGAAGAGUUCUAUGGAAGUUUUUCUUGUUAAUACUUCUUUGUUGUUUUUAAAAUGACACUGGUUGUCUAAAAGUCAAUAAUCACCCGACAUACCGUUUAAUGUUUCAUGAAGUAUAAUUUCCUAUAUCUAAAGACUGAGAGAAGAUGGGAAAAUGAGCCAGUGUUGCCUAGGCGACAUUGUUCUUUAUUUUUCGCCGCGGCUGACGCCAGUUCAGUUUGUUUGAGCAUGCAUUUGAUUUGUAUCUGCUUUUCUUACUCUCUCUCUCCUCCAGCUAUUUGUUCUGCUGCGUUAUCUUGCAGAGAUGGAGGUCAGAUACUUUUGACAACUCUGGACCUUGUGGCGUCAACACUGAGGGCGAUAGAGCAGUCUUUGUGUGUGAAACUCUACCAGCAUAUCAGAGCGUCUCGCUCCUCAUCUUUUCAUGAGCACAUAAGUAAGACUAAAGUGGCACAAAGGAAAGGAAGGAUGUCAGGAUUAAAGAUUUGAAUGUAUCUCUUUGUGUUUCUGUGUUAUUGUAUUUGUGUCUAUUUGAGAAUCUUAGCACAACUACAAAGCGGGAUACGAUUUGCAGCUCUGAGAUGAUUAGUGACAGUGGUAAAGAGAAUAAUUCAAAUGGCUUAUAGCAGUACUUAAGUACUAUGUGUAAUGUUUCAACCAGUAGCAACCCUGCUUUUUGAUUGCACUCAUGUUCACCUGUUCUUUUUGGAAUUAUGUCAGGAAGAGAUUGCUGAUCUAUACAGUUUGGGAUUGUUCUUGCAUUUGUUUCAUUAUUUUCAAUAGAUUAUGAAUGUUUUUGUUUGUUGGUGUGGGUCACAGUCCUGAGAAACCAGCUCAAACCUGUGUUUGCACCCAAAACUUCCUCUCACUUCCUACCUAUCAUCACCCUCUCCUUAUGCAUUCCUGCUGUUCAUUCAUUCAUCAGGCAGCAUUUUCAUUUCAGGCAGAUUGAUUUCAGUCAUUUAGGAUAGAAAAGCUACGCUUUGACUUUUCUCUGCAAUUCUGAUAUCUAUAUUUGCAGUUUCAAAUCUACUUGGGCCGUUAUAGAAAAAGGAGAAACAAAAUUUUUAAAAAAAUCAAAACGUCACUUCAAACUACUUCUCUCCGUUUUUACCAUCCACUCCAAAAUAUUUUAAUAACCUCACUGCAGAUGAACAAUUUGUUUUGUAUAUGAUACAUAAAAGCCUGCUCAUAAAUUUGUUGUCAGGAUUUUGGGAAUGAAAAACAAACAUGAAAAAUAAGCAGUCACUUUUUAUACUUCUCUAAUCUGGAAGAAGCUUCCAGAAAACUAAUUAUGUUGAGUUCCUUUAAAUCAAUGCAGCAAACCCAUUUGUUUAUAGUUAUCAUUGAUUAAUAAUAACUGGAGUAUCAAUUUUAUUCUGUAUUCAAACUUUUCAUUGCCUUCCUUCAAUUUAAUCACAAAUAUGUAAUGUUUUUGUGUUUUUUUGUAGUAUUGUCUGCCUUUUUCUUGGUAAGAAAUAUAGACUUGUUACUAAAAUGUGUUGAACAAAUCAAUUUGUCUCGUCCCCCGUUUCUAUUACACAGCAUCUUCUUGCUAAAUUAAUAAAAUGAU